GACUUCCGCUUCAAGGCGGCGCUGGUGGUCAACACGGCGUCCAAGUGCAGCCACUCGGCGCAACUUAAGCAGCUGCAGCAGUUGCACGAGAAGUACAGCGACCUGGGUCUCGUGGUGGUCGCCGUGCCGUCCAACGACUUCGCCGGACAGGAACCGGGCGACAACAGUGAGAUUCUGGAGCGCUACGCGGCGUUCGGAGCCACGUUCGCCAUCGCGGAGAAGACGCCCGUGACGGGAGAUAAGGCCCACCCGUUCUUCAAGAAGAUCGCAGACAAGUACAGCGCGUCCGUGGCGCCGACGUGGAAUUUCGACAAGUUCUUGGUGGACCACCGAGGCGACAUGCGCGCCGUGUUCCCCAAUGACACGGAGCCGCUGGUGCAGGAGGUGAUCGCGGAGAUCGAGGAGGUGCUG